AUGUGGUCAUUUGGCUGCAUCAUACUGGAGUUUCUCAUCUGGCUCAUCUAUGGCCCUGACCAGCUCAAUCGAUUCAACAGUGAUCUAGGUAGCACGGAACAUACCCGAUUCUAUCUGAUCAAGCCCGCCCCUGGCGGGGGAAGAAUGGCUACAGUGCAUGGUAUUGUUGAAAGUUGGAUGGAUCAAAUGGCCAAGGAUACAAUAUGUCGUCCCAGAACAACUGCCCUCGGCAAUUUGCUUGAUCUAGUGAGAACACGACUCCUCGUGGUAAAGUUAUCAGAGCGACUGGGGACAUUAACGGGCCUACCUGAAGCUGGGAGCCCGCUGGGAAGAGCCGACAGCCACAGACCCAUGCCUUCAGGCUCUGAACUACCCUCUGAAGUGGCUGUGUCUCCAUCGCAUCCCGGUAUUCCUACGAUUGUAGAACCCACACAGAAACUCGAUAACGACUACUUCAAGUCAGCCUUGCACCCGGUAGUAUCGUCUAAUUUGGAGCGUGCCAGUGCUGAUACAGUGAUGAACUUCAUGCUGAUCAAUUCAGGUGAUGAUGAAACGGAUGCAUACUGGUGCUUGCGCCAGCCUGAUCAGCCCGCAGGCCCUGAUGUUUGUGGUGUCCUCCAGAGAAUCCGAAGUGUUCCUGCUCAAAGCAUCCUCAUCGAACGAGUGAAUUUCUACUUUGUUAUCCAUCCAAAGCCUGGAAUCGCUUCACAAUACCAGUGA